AUGUCUCUCGCCAUCGAGAAGAUUUUAUUUUGUCUUGCUCUUAUUUUCUUAUUCGCUCUGUUCAUUGGUACACAUGCCAGUGAUGCUGAUUACUUGGUUCAAUUGAAUCAUGAUCAAGAUUUACCGGAAUCCAUUCGUUAUAUGUUUAAACGACGAUUUUUGCCAACACGUCGUGAGUCAAAUUUAUACAUCAGUGAUGAUGUCAAUGGUCCAAAUAAAGAAGAUGAAUUUCAUUUGAAUGCUAAACGAUAUUUUUUGAAAUCCAAACGUUACUUUCUUAACAGUAAACGAGAUACUGAACCAAUAUAUGAAUAA